AGACCUAAUCAGGCACAAUGUUGGCGUUCUUGAUUCUUGCGACUGUGACCCUAGCCUCUGCUCACCAUUCUGGUGAAAACUUUGAAGGGGAGAAGGUGUUCCGUGUCAGUGUUGAAAAUGAAAAUGACAUCAACUUUCUCCGUGAAUUGGCCAGCACCAGGCAGAUUGACUUCUGGAAACCAGAUUCUGUCACACAAAUCAAACCUCACAGUACAGUUGACUUCCGUGUUAAAGCAGAAGAUAUUUUCACUGUGGAAGACUUUCUGAAGCAGAAUGAACUACAAUACGAGGUAUUAAUAAGCAACCUCAGAUCUGUGCUGGAGGCUCAGUUUGAUAGCAGGUUCCGUGCAACUGGACACAGUUACGAGAAGUACAACAACUGGGAAACGAUAGAGGCUUGGACUCAACAAGUCGCCAGUGAAAAUCCAGACCUCAUCUCUCGCAGUGCCAUCGGAACUACAUUUUUAGGAAACACUAUAUACCUCCUCAAGGUUGGGAGACCUGGACCAAAUAAGCCUGCCAUUUUCAUGGACUGCGGUUUCCAUGCCAGAGAGUGGAUUUCCCCUGCAUUUUGCCAGUGGUUUGUGAGAGAGGCUGUUCGCACCUAUGGACAUGAGAGCAACAUGACAGAAUUUCUCGACAAGCUAGACUUUUAUGUCUUGCCUGUGGUCAAUAUCGAUGGCUACAUCUAUACCUGGACCAAGUACCGAAUGUGGAGAAAGACCCGCUCCACCAACGCUGGAUCCACCUGCAUUGGCACAGACCCCAACAGAAAUUUUGAUGCUGGUUGGUGCACUAUCGGAGCCUCUAAAAACCCCUGUGAUGAAACUUACUGUGGAUCUGCUGCAGAGUCUGAAAAAGAGACCAAGGCCCUGGCUAAUUUCAUCCGCAACAACCUCUCUUCCAUCAAAGCAUAUCUGACAAUCCACUCAUACUCCCAGAUGAUACUCUACCCUUACUCCUAUGAUUACAAACUCCCCAAGAACAAUGCUGAGUUGAACAGCAUGGCUAAAGCUGCCAUUAAAGAACUUGCCACACUGUACAGCACCAAGUACAAAUAUGGCCCAGGAGCUUCAACAAUCUAUCCUGCUGCUGGGGGCUCUGAUGACUGGGCUUAUGACGAAGGAAUCAAAUAUUCCUUCACCUUUGAACUCCGGGAUAAAGGCAGAUAUGGCUUUGCCCUCCCUGAAUCCCAGAUCCGGCCAACCUGUGAGGAGACAAUGCUGGCGAUCAAAUACAUUACCGGCUAUGUCCUGGAACAUCUGUACUAGCCCAGAGCACUAACAGCCUUAUCUCUAAAUGCGCACUCUUUGUUUCUUUUCUAUCCUGAAUUCUGACUUUUGUUUGCCUAGAUGUUUUCCAGAUCCUCCUCUUUCUUUUAAGAUUCUGGGUCUAUUAAACUACCUGGGUCUUUAAUAUUGAUCAUAAUAAAAAUGAACCAUUACAAUUGAAAAA